AAGUAAAACGAGCCAUAAAGAUCGAAUCUUUUUCAUCUAUGGGUGCUUCAGGGAAAUGGGUCAAGUCCAUUAUUGGUCACAAGAAGCUAGAGAAAGAUGAAAUCGAAAAGGGUAAUGUGAAAAACAAGAAAUGGAAGCUAUGGAGGACUACUUCAGUGGAUUCAUGGAAGGGUUUUCGAGGAAAACAUCGGUCUGAAUCAGAGGGUCUUGAUUCUUCAACUGUUUACUCUGCUGCUGUUGCUACUGUGCUUAGAGCUCCUCCUAAAGAUUUCAAAGCUGUUAGAGAAGAAUGGGCUGCUAUCAGAAUUCAGACCGCUUUUAGAGGAUUCUUGGCGAGAAGAGCGUUGAGGGCGUUGAAAGGGAUAGUGAGGUUACAAGCUUUAGUUAGAGGAAGACAAGUGAGGAAACAAGCAGCUGUAACAUUAAGAUGCAUGCAAGCUUUGGUGAGAGUACAAGCUCGUGUUAGAGCUCGUCGUGUGAGGAUGACUGUAGAAGGACAAGCUGUUCAAAAGCUUUUAGAUGAACACAGAACCAAAUCUGAUCUCUUGAAAGAAGUCGAGGAAGGGUGGUGUGAUAGGAAAGGUACUGUGGAUGAUAUUAAGUCAAAGUUGCAGCAGAGACAAGAAGGUGCUUUUAAGAGGGAACGUGCUUUGGCUUAUGCUCUAGCUCAAAAGCAAUGGAGGUCAACUACUAGCUCAAACCUUAAGACGAAUAGUUCGAUUUCAUAUCUUAAAAGUCAAGAGUUUGAUAAGAAUAGUUGGGGAUGGAGUUGGUUGGAGCGUUGGAUGGCUGCUAGGCCAUGGGAGACUAGACUUAUGGACACUGUUGAUGCCGCUGCCACGCCUCCUCCUCCGCCUCCUAAGCAUUUGAAAUCACCUGAAACUGCGGAUGUUGUUAAAGUUAGAAGAAACAAUGUGACCACUAGGGUAUCUGCAAAACCUCCUCCUCAUAUGUUGUCUUCAAGUCCUGGUUAUGAGUUUAAUGAGAGUUCUGGUUCAUCGUCGAUUUGUACUUCAACUACACCUGUUUCUGGAAACACUGGACUUGUUUCAGACAACUCUAGCAGUCAAGCAAAAAAGAACAAGCCAAGUUACAUGAGCUUGACUGAAUCAACAAAGGCUAAGCGAAGAACUAACCGCGGUCUCAGGCAAUCUAUGGAUGAGUUUCAGUUUAUGAAGAACUCUGGAUUGUUUACUGGGGAAUUGAAGACUAGUCCUGCCUCAGAUCCUUCUUAUGUUAGUUUCUCCAAACCACUCGGUGUUCCUACCCGAUUCGAGAAGCAGAGAGGGUAAUGUGACCUUGUUUAGAUUCAUGUCAAUUCCUUGAGGGAAGUUUCAACAGCUUGUUGUUGUCUUGUGUUAUGAGAUAUCUGUGUAUGUUGUUAAUUGUUCUUUUUCCUUUGGAACUACAUUGGAGUUUUGAAUUUAAAUAUAAAAAUUGCAGUCUU